AUGAAAUUCUCACAUCAAAUACAGUUUAAUGCAGUGCCAGAUUGGGCAGAUUACUAUCUCCCCUAUUCAAACCUCAAAAAGUUAAUUUACUUGAUUGAAAAGGAAAGAGUGGCUAAUAAGGGACAUCGGUUAUCUAUUGAUCUCGAAGAUGGCGGCGAAAUACCUCCAAGUGAACAGACCGCCCUCAUCAGCGACAACCCAGUGGAACAAGAAAAUCGCCAGUUUGUGAAUUCACUCAACAAAUCAUUAGACAAGAUUGUCAAGUUCUAUGCAAAGAAAGAGACCGAGCUGUAUGAUGAGAUGGAUGAAUUGGUGGGUGAUUUUGAAUAUCUGAAUCGCCAUGAUGUAGCUGUGGCCGCGCAAUUGCAUCGUCUGAGUACCACCAGUGAUCAGCAAGAUCCAGAGCAAGAACAAGACAGAGCGAUAAGAAGCAAUACCAAUCAGUUACCUAGAAGAGAAUCCAACGUCGAGGGCGAUUCGUUUUUACCAGCCAACAUCAUCUCCAAGAAUGUCACGGGCACAGAUCCUGCAGCUCUUGAGACUCCCACUCAUAUCCCACCACCGAAUUCCGCAAGAGGGCCCAUGUGGCCUAGAGAAGCCAUGUAUGACGUUGUGGAAUUGAGAAAGCGAACUGUAGAUCUUUUUGUCUUGCUAUCCGAAUUGAAGUCCUUUGUAGCACUCAAUCUUACUGCAUUUGCCAAAAUUCUAAAAAAAUACGACAAAAUCACCAACAGCAAUCUCAAGCGCUACUACACAUCCACCUACGUUACUCAAGCUUAUCCAUUUAAAACAGCUACCAAGGCUAGAUUGAACGAACGCAUCCAACAGACAGAAAGAGCAUAUGCCAUUUUGGCUACUGGAAACAACCUGGAUCUGGCGAUUGAGGAACUCAAGACACAUUUGAGAGAGCACAUUGUAUGGGAGAGAAACACUGUAUGGAGGGAUCUGAUAGGACAAGAGAGAAGAACUCAAACGGUGGGUCUCAGCGAUGCAAAGCCUUCAGCUGUCCACACUCCCUUUGGUACACUUCGCAUCACCCGUGACCAAGUGAUGAACUACUUGUAUAUGGCGGCGUGUAUCGUUGUGUUUAUAGUACUGAUGCGAGCUGAACUAUUUGACACGGUGGAGCAGAAUCGCUGUUUGGCUAUCCUUGUCUUUGCAAGUAUGCUGUGGGCAGGAGAGGUCAUGCCUUUAUUCGUUACUGCUCUGCUGGUGCCAUUCUUGAUUAUUACAUUGCGUGUGAUGCGUUCUGAUGAUGGUCAUUACACUCGUCUCAACGCUCCAGAUGCAACAAAACGUGUGUUUGGUGCCAUGUUUUCCCCUGUUAUCAUGCUGCUAUUGGGUGGUUUUGCUAUUGCUGGUGCAUUAAGUAAGUUUGGUAUUGCUAAAUCCAUGGCUACCUAUGUCUUAUCCAAGGCUGGUACUCGCCCAAGUCGAGUGUUGAUUGUGAACAUGAUGGUGGCAACUGUUGCAAGUAUGUGGAUCAGUAAUGUUGCUGCACCGGUUCUAUGUUUCUCGUUGAUUCAGCCAAUUCUUCGUACACUGCCUGCCGACUCCAGAUUUGGUCCCUGCCUCAUCAUUGGCAUUGCGCUUGCUUCUAAUCUGGGUGGCAUGGCAUCUCCCAUCUCCUCGCCCCAAAACAUCAUUGCCAUUCAAAACAUGAACCCUGCUCCUUCUUGGAUAGAAUGGUUCAUCAUCUCUAUUCCACUCUGUAUUAUUGGUAAUUUAAUCAUCUGGCUCUGGUUACUGUACAAUUACAAUCCUGAGAAGCAUACACCUCAAAUCCAUACCAUCCGUGCAAACUCUGACCCUAUCAAUGGUACACAGAUCUACGUCAUUUUGGUUACUCUGAUCACUAUUCUGCUGUGGUGUUUGGCUCAUUCUUACGAACACAUUUUUGGCGACAUGGGUGUCAUUGCCAUCUUGCCGCUGAUUGCAUUUUUUGGCACUGGUUUGCUCACCAAAGACGAUUUCAAUAACUUUUUGUGGAAUGUCAUCAUGUUGGCCAUGGGUGGUAUUGCAUUGGGUAAGGCUGUGGAAAGCUCUGGUUUGCUCAAGACCAUUGCAUCCCAAAUUGAGGCCAUGGUACAAGGAUUCUCUGCGUUUGAAGUCCUGUUUGUUUUCAGUUGUUUAGUCCUUGUUAUUGCUACUUUUAUUAGUCAUACAGUGGCCGCAUUGAUCGUAUUGCCCAUUGUUGCUGAAGUAGGCUCUCAAUUGGCUGAUCCUCAACCUAGAAUGCUUGUCAUGGGAACUGCCUUUGUCUGCUCUGCUGCUAUGGGUCUCCCUGUUUCCGGUUUCCCCAACAUGAAUGCCAUCUCGCAAGAAAACGAGCUUGGAAAGCCCUAUUUGACCACCAAAGACUUUUUGAUCAAUGGCGUGCCAUCCAGUAUCUUUUCCAUGUUAUGUAUUGCUACUAUUGGUUAUGGUCUGAUGGCUUUGAUUGGGUUCUAG